UUGUUUUCUAAAGUUUGAAAUCUAAACAACAAUUUAUCUAAUUUUCUGACUAAAGUUUCUUUAUGGUACCAUUUGUCUAAUGGCCGCUGUAACUAUUGAGGAUAAAUGGAAACUUUUACCGGCCUUUCUUGGAAUGAAAGGUUUGGUGAAACAACAUUUAGAUUCUUUCAAUCAUCUCAUCCAAGUUGAAAUUAAAAACAUUCUCAAAGCAAAUGCUGAGGUUCGUUGUGAAAGUGAUCCUAACUGGUUUCUUCGCUAUGUGGAUAUAAAAGUGGACACUCCUCGAAUUGAAGAAGGAUUCAAUGUUUCUCGCUCAACAACACCGCACGAAUGUCGCCUUCGUGAUAUUACUUACAGUGCUCCAAUUUCGGUGAAAGUGGAAUACACAAAAGGCCAACAGAGAAUAACUUCAUCUGAAUAUUUGGUGAUCGGUAGAAUGCCAAUCAUGGUUGGUUCUAACAAUUGUAUUUUGAAUGGAAAAAGUUAUGCUGAGCGAAUGGCCCUUAAAGAAUGCCCAAAUGAUCCCGGAGGCUAUUUCAUCGUCAAUGGAAGUGAAAAAGUAAUUCUCAUCCACGAACAGCUUUCAAGAAAUCGUAUUCUUAUUGAAGAAGGACCUGUUUGCCAAGUAACAAGUGCCACUGCCGAGAGAAAAUCUCGAACUAAUCUAGUUAUCAACAAGAAAAAACAAAUUGUCAUGAAACACAACUCAUUUACUGAUGAAGGUAUUCACAUAUUCAUUGUUUUCAAAGCUAUGGGAUUCUCAAGUGAAAGCGAAAUCGUUGAAUAUAUUUGUGGGACUCUCAAGGAAAACAGUGAAGUCGAUGUUAACUUCUUGAUACCAUCUAUUGAGGCUUGUCAUCGAGCUGAAGUCUGGACAUCAACACAAGCACUCCAAUAUAUGGCUAAUCGCCUGAAAAACAAAUCGAUUGGAAUAAAAGCUGGUGAAAACCGUCGGUUCUCUUCUAUCGAUCUCAUCAGAGAACUUUUGGCCACGACAAUUAUCGCUCAUGUUCCUGUUUUGAAUCUUAAUUUCCGCCUAAAAGCCAUUUAUCUCGCUCAGAUGGUUAAAAGACUAAUAUUAGCCGUUGAUAACCCUGAAUAUAUUGAUGAUCGUGACUAUUAUGGUAAUAAGAGACUUGAACUCGCGGGCUCCUUGAUUGGUUUACUUUUUGAAGAUCUCCUUAAGCGGUUCAAUUCUGAAUUGAGAAUGAUAGCUGAUAAAAACAUUCCCAAAAUCAAAGCUGCACAAUUCGACAUCACCAAACACAUGAGACAAGAUCUAAUCACCAAUGGUUUGAUUAACUGUAUUGCAACUGGUAACUGGACUUUGAAGAGAUUCAAGAUGGAGCGAAUUGGUGUUAGUCAAGUACUCAGUCGACUCAGUUACAUCUCCGCUCUUGGAAUGAUGACAAGAAUCAACUCUCAGUUUGAGAAAACUCGUAAAACAUCGGGUCCCAGGUCACUUCAGUGCAGUCAGUGGGGACUAGUUUGUCCUUGUGACACUCCUGAAGGAGAGUCUUGUGGUCUCAUUAAGAACUUGGCUCUCAUGACUCACAUAACUACGGAUGUUGAUGACAAAUCAAUCAUCGACAUUUGUCUUAAUUUUUGUGAUGUUCAAGAUAUUAGUUUAUGUGAAAAUGGUGCUAAAGUUAAUCAAUAUCCGUUGGUAUUUGUUAAUGGUAACAUCAUUGGAAUUGCAAUACAACCAGAAAUCCUAGUUAAAACUCUCAGGCAAUUGCGUCGUCAGGGUAAAAUCUCUGAAUUUAUCUCCGUGUCUAUAAACAAACUACAUAAUGCGGUUUAUAUCGCCACUGAUGCUGGUAGACUAUGUCGUCCAUACAUCAUAGUUAAUACUUCAUCUGGUCAACCUCGAGUCACCACAGCUCAUAUUCAGAAACUAAACCGAGGAUUAAUGGGUUUCUCAGACUUCAUCAACGAAGGACUAAUUGAAUAUCUCGAUGUAAAUGAAGCAAGUGACGCUCACAUAGCAAUUGAAGUCAAGGAAAUAAGAUGCAAUAUUACCACUCAUUUAGAGAUCGAACCGUUUACACUUCUUGGAGUUUGUGCCGGUUUAAUUCCUUUUCCACACAAUAACCAAUCUCCACGAAAUACUUACCAAUGUGCUAUGGGAAAACAAGCGAUGGGAACAAUUGGCCUUAAUCAAAGAGAGCGCAUUGAUACGCUUUUGUACCUUCUCGCUUAUCCACAAAGACCUGUGGUCAAAACUAAGACUAUUGAAUUGAUACAUUUCGAUGAAAUGCCAGCCGGUCAAAAUGCAAUAGUCGCCGUGAUGUCCUACUCUGGUUUUGAUAUCGAAGAUGCUUCGAUAAUGAACAAAGCGAGUAUUGACAGAGGAUAUGGUCGGUGUUUCGUUUAUCGCAACCAAAAAUGUAUUUUAAGACGCUAUCCAACAAUGGACGGUAUUUCGGACAGGAUUCAAGGGCCCAUGGUCGAGGCCGAACCUCCUCAUAAGCCCAUUUUCCGUCAUGCUACUCUUGACAAUGAUGGUAUCGCUGCACCAGGAGAAAUUGUUAAAAAUCGUCAAUUGUUAGUGAAUAAACAAUCUCCGAUUCCAGGUACAGCUAUUGAUGAAACUGGUACUGGUAAAGUUGGUUCGAUGAAUUACAGUUUCAAGGAUGUGCCAAUUACUUACAGGGGAAUCGAAGAUAGUUGUAUUGAGAAAGUCAUGAUUACUUCAAAUACGGAAGAAUCUUUUUUGAUAAAAUUGCUUUUAAGGCAAAUGAGAAGACCUGAAGUUGGUGACAAAUUCAGUUCUCGUCAUGGUCAAAAAGGAGUCAUUGGAUUAAUUGUAUCUCAAGAAGAUCUACCGUUUAAUUGCGAAGGUAUUUGUCCGGAUAUGGUUAUGAACCCUCACGGAUUUCCAUCUCGGAUGACUGUCGGGAAAUUGAAAGAACUAGUUGCUGGUAAAUCAGCGAUCAUCAAAGGUACUUUACAUGAUGGAACUGCUUUCGGUGGUACAACUAUUCAAGAAAUGAUCGACAUAAUGGAGGAGUUUGGUCAUAAUUAUCAUGGGAAAGAAGUGAUGACCAGUGGAAUCACUGGUGAGCCAUUAGCAGCUUACAUAUUCUUUGGUCCAAUCUACUACCAAAAACUUAAACACAUGGUUUUGGAUAAAGUUCAUGGUCGCUCUCGUGGACCAAAGGCCGUUCUCACUCGUCAACCGACUGAAGGGAGAGCAAGAGAUGGAGGAUUACGUCUUGGGGAGAUGGAAAGAGAUUGUCUCAUUGGACAUGGCGUUAGUAUGUUGCUAUUGGAGAGACUCAUGUUAUCCAGUGAUGCCUUUAAUGUCGAUGUGUGUACAGAAUGUGGUCUUCUUGGGUAUCAGAAAUGGUGCUCAUAUUGUCAGUCCAGUCGAUCCCUCGCUGAUAUUCAAGUUCCUUAUGCAUAUAAAUUACUUUUACAAGAGCUUCAAGCAAUGAGUAUACAACCGCGACUCAAAUUGACACACAUGUAAUUAAAUCUACCGAGCAUACAAUUGAAAUGUUAAAUAUCUGUGAAAUUUAUAUUUUACUUUUUGUUAAUUAAUGACAAUCAUGCAACUCGAUGUUGUGGAACUUUUUUAAUUUAUCGAAAAAUAACUCAAUGUUUACACAAUAAAAGAACAAAAAGUGGACAAGAAAAAAGUCUCUUUAACAAUAAUAGAAG